AUGAAAAGCAGAAUAUGUAGUGUUAAAGAGAUUAUUCAUUAUGUGUUUCUCACUCUUUUGUCAAUCUCUUUGAUCGUAUCACUUGCUACACCAUGGUAUGAUAAAACUAUAAUAAUAUGCGCAUCAACAAGUAGCAUUAAAGUGAUUGUAAAGAAAUUUAAACAAAUGAGAGCCUACCAAUUCUUUAAAAGGAUUUCUCUAUGGACUCGAUUUGUAAUCCAUUUAUUUUUGGUUACUUGUUCGACAGCUGCUUGUUUCAACUUUAUCGGUAUCAACAAGGAUCUGUGUAACGCUAAUGAUUCAAAGAUUGUUAGUCUAGGAACAGAGUUUCCAAGUCUAUGCGACCACUUUUCUGGAUCCGAAAAUGCAACUGGCGAAGUGCUUCCAUUUGGUGGAAAUAUUUUGAUGGAAUGGGGACCAAAAUCUGGAUUCAUCUUUUCAGUUCUAUCAACUGUAUUGAUAUGGGUCUAUAUCUUCGACCUAAUCUAUGUCGCCAUAGCUUGUUUUAGAUCCAGACCUUCUAAACCAUCUCGCAGACGUGUACAGGCCAGGUCAUCAAAGCCAAAAACACAAAGUGGUUAUACCCAACUCCAACAACAACUACAACAACAACAACCACAACAACUUCAACAACAACUACAACAACAACUACAACCACAACAACAACUACAACCACAACAACUACAUAUCCUGCAACAGCAACAACAAAUCAAUAUUCAAGAACCUCAACAACCUCAACCCCAAAUCCAACCUCGACAAAUAGAAUUAGAGCUCCAACAACAAAUACAACAACAACAACAAAUACAACAUCUCCAACAACUAAUCCAACAAAAACAACAAAAAGACCAAGAACCAGAGAUUCUACAUAAUCACGAUGACUAUAAUCUCGCCAAAGAAAUAUGA